UGCCCUUGGGACCAGGGGGGCACCUAAACAGGAGCUAUGUGGCCUGACCCCCAUUUUUUCAUCACCCUCCUAGGUCUGGGUGCUCAGGAGCCUCCCUAACAAUGGGGCUUAGUGAGGUCCUCUGGGCCUCAGGCCCCCCCACCCCUGGUUGCUAGGGAGGCCCUCCCCCUGUCAACCAGGUCUGAGGAGGCUUUGGGGCCCCUGGACCUUCCCCUCGGGCAUCAGUUUACUAAGCAGAGGGAGGCCUUGGCAAGAGGUCUUGGGGUGCCCACUCUUGGGGUCCCCUGGUUGGCAAGGGGGAGAUGACUUAGACUCCCCUUGCUUUGCACCCAGGUUGCUGAGGGGGCUCUUCUAACACCAGGGCCCCAUCCCACCCCUGAGGCCCCUUCCACCUGGUUGCUAAGGAAGCAACUCCCUAGCAACCAGGCAUGACCAGGCCAGUGUGACCCCCCUUUUUUCCUUCCCCACCGCUGAGGGGGCUCCCUAGCAACAGAACUUAGAACUUUGGGGGUCAGGCAGGCAGGUGGGCGGGGCCAAGCUGGUUGCUGGGGUGAUGGCCUUCAAGGUCUCUCCCCACAGAGGCCCCAGGAGGCUGGGGAGGCAACAUGGUGGGCUCUGGGAUCCCAGCUUUGGGUCUCCUCCUGCUCAUGCAGGGCUCAGUAGACGGGAAUGGAAUCCAGGGAUUCUUCUAUCCAUGGAGUUGUGAAGGAGACGUGUGGGACCGGGAGAGUUGCGGGGGCCAGGCGGCAAUUGAGAACCCCAACCUCUGCCUACGUCUCCGAUGCUGCUACCGCGACGGGGUCUGCUACCACCAGCGUCCGGAUGAGAACAUGCGGCGGAAGCACAUGUGGGCGCUGGGCUGGACGUGUGGAGGCCUCCUCUUCCUCAUCAGCAGCAUCUGCCUGUUCUGGUGGGCCAGGCGACGCGACAUGCUGCGGCUGCCCUGGUUCCUGAAGGGCAAGUGUGACCUGUCCAGGACAGUCUCCUUGUUGUCCAAGGACCGGACUCCGAGCGAAAAGAAGACGCCCUCUGUCGGCAGCAUCCCUGCAUCGGCGCCCGCGGAGGGGGCCCUGGACGUCUCGGGGGGCACCGAGGGGGAGGGGACGGAAGGGGGCGAGGAAACGGAAGGGGGGGACGAAGAUGAUUAGGGGCGCCCCCUGGAGGGGCCCCUCAAUACAGACGUAGCACAGAGAUGCUCGGUCUCUUUUCUGAGAAGCAUGAAGCAGGGGGUGGGGCGGGCGCGGUGC